AUGAGUGAAUCUAGACGAGCAACAAGAAGGGGAGAACAGAAGAUGAAGAAGAAGAAGAAGAAGAAGAAGAAGAAGAAGAUGGAGAGGAAGAAGAAGCAGAAGGGAAUGACUCAAGUUGGUGAAGUUGAAACAAGACAAGACAAAGAUGGGGAAUGCAGCAAUCAUGUUAAGCAGCAAACAAGAGCUUGGGCCGGGUAG